GUUGAUGAGCGAUCUCGCGCUUCUUAUCUUCCUCCUUCGCGUGCAUGAGCUGGCCGGGGCUGCGGCAGCCACGACUUUUGGCAUCCCACGUCACGAGCUUUGACAUCCGCUUUGGGAAUUUUUUGACCUGCAGACACCUCCAAUUUUUGUGCCGGGCGAUCUCGGAGAUGAAAACUUGAAGGUCUCCAGACCUUGUGUAUCCGCUUCAGGAAGGAACGAGCGCCUUGACUGGACGACCUGAGCACGCAGGAAUCAGCGAAAUCGGACACACACCCCCCGACCACGCUGCCCAUCAUGCCGGCGAUUCGUGGAGCCAAAUCGAAGAAGAAGACUCGCCGCUACACUCGCGAUCUCGACCAGAUCCACGCGGACGUGGCGUCCAAGAAGCAUCUCCAGCAGUACUUCGACACCAAAGCGCCUGAAGAUCUCCCCGCUUUUGGCGAAUGGUAUUGCGUGGAGUGUGCGAAGUGGUUUGAAUCCGAGACCAACUUGACCAGGCACGUCAAGGGCAGCCGUCACAAGCGGCGUCUAAGACUGUUGAAGGAGGAGCCCUACAGCCAGAAGGAAGCCGAUGCCGCUGGCGGGCUGGGUGCCGGUGAUGGCAAACGAGAGGGAGUGGUUGAGAGUGAAAUGGUCGAUGCAACGGGGGAGAGUGGGGUCGCGACUUGACUGGACUGGCUACGAUGCUUGAGAUUGAGACGCAUCUGGCUUGACUGUCAACACCGAGCAAUAUCGCUGGACUCUUGCCGACAAGAGAACGACACGCAGGCCUGGCAGGCAGGGCGGUCGACACCAUUCCGAGCGAGCCCAACGAUUCACAAAACGGAGUACACGCCUCACGACACUUUAUGCUCGACAUGCAGAAGAUUGGUUGGAUUGAUCACUGCCACGGCAUCCUGAGUUACCCAGACACUUUGCUCGAAAGGAUGCUCAACGAGGGUCAUGCCCGAUGGCAGACGGAUGGUUGGUGGCGUGGUAGGAGCAGAAUGAAUUGCUAGAUGACCACAUGUGACUUGGGUAUUGUAAUACGUCUCAAUCAUACCUAUCCCAUAUGUCUUGAAAUGUCCAGUGAAUGUAUUG